AUGGAAAAACACCCCAAGCUGAAUGGUGUUGCUAACCUAAGAAGCACCUUUUACUCUGAAGUGGGAAUUGGGAUCGUGGCCAACACCCUCCUCUUUCUGUUCCACGUCAUCAAGUUCCUCUAUGACAAGAGGCUCAAGAGCACAGACUGGAUUGUUGGUCUCUUGGCCCUGACCCACCUACUGAUGCUGCUCACCAUAGGGUUCCUAGCUGCAGACACUUUGUCACCUCAACAGGGACUUUGGGGUGACAUCAGAUGCAAAUCAGUCACCAACUGGUACAGGUUGAUGAGGGGCCUGUACAUUUCUGCCACCUGCCUGCUGAGUGUCCUGCAGGCUAUCACCCUCAGUCCCAGAAGCUCCCCUUUGGCAAAGUUCAAGCCUAAGUCCCCACAGGACAGCAUGAGGUCCCUUCUCUUCCUGUGGGUCUUCUAUAUGUCCUUCAGCACCCACUUCUCCAUCUCUGUGGUUGAUGACUCCAAUGGGACGUCACCCAAUCUAAUGUUUCUCAGUGACUCCUGCACAAUAUUACACAGGAGCUACUUCCUCAGGCAUUUAUUUACUGCCCUGGGUGCAUUUUGGGACAUCGUCCUUAUAGGGCUCAUGGCCCUCUCCAGUGGGUACAUGGUGAUCCCCCUGUGUAGGCAUAAAAGGCAGUGCCAACACCUCCACACCACCAGACUGUCUCCAAAAGCCUCCCCAGAACAGAGGGCCACUAGGACCAUCCUGCUUCUCCUGGGUUUCUUCAUACUCAUAUACCUUUUGGACUGUGUUGUCUCCUCCUUAAGAACCAUGUGGAAAAACGACCCUGUUUGUUGCUGUAUCCAGAUGAUAGUGGCCAAUGGCUAUGCAACCAUCAGUCCUUUGGUUUUCAUCUGUACUGAAAAACAAAGUGUCACCUUUUUGAAAGGCUUGUGGGGAAAGAAUCGUCAAUGCUUAAUCAUUGCAUGA